AAAUUCAGAUGUUAGGAAGAUAAAUGGUAGAAAUGGGCGGGGUUUAGCCGUCAUUAGGACUUUGCGGCUGUGGUAACUAGUGACGACCCCCAUCAGGAGCCAUUUUGUACCCAGAUCAAUAACAUACAUGUAAACUCCGAUCUCUCGGCGCGGCGGUGGACUCGGCUAGUCUAGUAGAGCGCAAACCUGGAUUAUCUAUUAGUUUGACUACAUUUCAAACGGAAUCCGGACCAAACGGAAAUGGUGAAUUUACUAGUGCACACGGGUUACUAAACAGUGUCUUGCUCUAACCGUCCCGCUAAGGUGUUGUGCCGUCACCGACACGCUGUGGUUAGAUGGAUCGGAGAAGCCAGUGGUUAUUGUGACUUCGGACUGAUGUCGGGACGAUAUCCGGUUUAAAUGUUCGCGACGGGAAAACAAGGAGAACGUCCUCCCUGUCUUCUAUCAAGACGAGAACAUCAUGGCUUUUUCCUGGCUGACUUGUUCGCUUCUCCUGGGAACUUUGUGUGCAGGCUGGGGCCAUGGCGAUGUGGAGACCAGAGAUUGUGUGUACUACAAUGAUAACUGGCGUACAGAGCGUACCAAUCAGAGUGGUGUGGAGAGGUGUGAGGGGGAGAAGGAUAAACGACUACACUGCUACUCCUCCUGGCUCAACGUCUCAGGAACCAUCAAACUGUUGAAGAAAGGCUGCUGGCUGGACGACUUCAACUGCUAUGACAGGCAGAAGUGUGUGUCCAUGGAAGAGAACCCCCAGGUGUUCUUCUGCUGCUGUGAGGGGAACUACUGCAAUGAGAGGUUCACACACCUGCCUGACCUCGUUGCCGCCGGCAACAGAGUGAAAAUCCGCCCCCCUCCCAGAGUGCCAUCUCUGUUGAAUAGCCUGGUGUUCAGUGUGCUAUCUCUGUGUGUUCUGUCUCUGACUCUGCUACUUGCCCUGUGGAUGUACCGGCAGCACAAACCACCCUACGGACAUGUUGACCUCCUUGAGGACCCUCGGCAAACCCCUCCCUCUCCCAUGGUGGGGCUGAAGCCUCUGCAGUUAUUGGAGGUGAAGGCAAGGGGGCGCUUCGGCUGUGUGUGGAAGGCUCAGCUGAUGAGUGAAUACGUGGCUGUGAAGGUCUUCCCUGUUCGGGACAAGCAGUCGUGGCAGAAUGAGAGGGAUAUCUUCCUGACUCCUGGUAUGAGACAUGAGAACCUGCUUCGUUACAUCGCUGCGGAGAAACACGGCAGCAACAUGGAGACGGAACUCUGGCUCAUCAUGGAAUUCCAUGAGCGGGGUUCGUUGACUGACCAUCUGAAGGACCGUACAGUGACCUGGUCUGAAAUGUGUCAUAUUGCUGAGACGAUGUCCCGUGGUCUGGCCUACCUCCAUGAAGACACAGCCAUCAACAAGGGAGAAGGCCCCAAACCCACCAUAGCACACAGGGACUUCAAGAGUAAGAACGUGAUGUUGAGACGUGAUCUGACAGCCGUCAUCGGAGACUUUGGUUUGGCUGUCCGGUUUGAGCCGGGGAAACCUCCAGGAGACACCCACGGACAGGUGGGUACGUGGCGUUACAUGGCCCCUGAGGUUCUAGAAGGGGCUAUAAACUUCCAGAGAGACUCCUUCCUGAGGAUCGAUAUGUAUGCUAUGGGGCUGGUGCUUUGGGAACUGGUGUCACGAUGCAUCGCCACAGACGGUACCGUAGGGGAGUUCAUGCUGCCGUUUGAGGAGGAGAUUGGCCAACAUACGUCACUACAGGAACUGCAGGAUGUGGUCGUUCACAAGAAGAUGAGACCGGUCUUCAAGGAUACCUGGCUCAAACACCCGGGUCUGUCUCAGUUGUGUGAGACUAUAGAGGAGUGUUGGGACCAUGACGCCGAGGCUCGUCUCUCCGCCGGCUGUGUCGAGGAACGCGUCUCCCAGAUCGCCAGGACAACCGUCAGCACUACCUCAGACUGCCCAGUUGCCGUAGUAAUGUCGGUAACCGUCGACGACGACCUACCUCCUAAAGAGUCCGGCACCUGAGUUCUGUGUUACUGUGACGUCAUCACGGAACGAUGCUCCUGACUUUUCUAGCCUAAACUUUUAAACAACUUGAAUACAGCUGCUAUUUUUAUAGACUUGAUAUUGGGAAUUAUUGUUUUUAAGAAUUUUAAAAAAUGUUAUUUUGGA